GACCUUUUUCUGGAGCGUAUAAAGACAAGUUAUUCGAACUUUGCGUUUAAAAGCUCAUCUCUCUCUUCAUCCUUUGACUCCUUGUCAGCUGUCGUGUCUCCCUCACCAUCUGUAUCUAACUUCUUAUCUCCAUUCCCAGGCUAAAAUAUAGGUGAUUUAAGUGGGUGAGUUAAGGUAAUUUAUAGGGGGAGAACGAUCUAAGUGAAGGCGAAAACGAUGUCGUUCACCGGUACACAACAGAAAUGCAAGGCUUGUUCGAAAACUGUGUAUCCAAUGGAGCUGGUGUCUGCUGAUGGUAUUGAUUUCCAUAAGUCUUGUUUCAAGUGCACCCAUUGCAAAGGGACUUUGAAGCUGAGCAACUACUCCUCAAUGGAAGGUGUUUUGUACUGCAAGCCACACUUUGAGCAGCUGUACAAGGAAUCGGGAAACUUCAACAAGAACUUUCUUUCACCUGCAAAGUCAGCGGAUCAGUCAACUCCAAUGCUGACAAAGUCACCUAGCAAAGCUGCUGGCAUGUUUUCUGGCACACAAGAUAAAUGUGCUACUUGCGGUAAAACAGCUUAUCCACUAGAGAAGGUGACAGUGGAGAAUGAAUCCUAUCACAAGACUUGCUUCAAGUGUUGUCAUGGUGGAUGCUACAUAACUCCAUCAAAUUAUGCAGCCCUUGAAGGCAAUUUGUACUGCAAACAUCAUUUUUCCCAGCUUUUCAAGGAGAAAGGUAGCUACACCCAUCUUCUUAAGUCCGCGUCAGUCAGGAGACCAGCAGCCUCCAUUCCUGAAGCUUAAAUCAUGUUUUCAUUUUUAAAUCCAUUUCUACUAAGAGGACCUCCAAUAUUUUUGUGUGUUUUCCCUUUCAAUUUUUCUCUUUCAAACUUCACAAGUUGAUUGAACUUGAAUGUUUUCUAUAAAUGUUUGGUUGGCAUCUUUGCCAUUGUCAUUGUUGCUUAAUUAGAAUACAUGGGGGAUACAAGCCCAAAGUUGUAUAAAAAACUAUUCUUUGUUUGUAUUAGAUUUUUGUUGAAGAGGACAAAAAAAAAAUCUUUUUGUUUCCA